UUUUUUACUUUCUCUGCAACUCAUCCGCGUUCUUUAAUGGCGAUCUCGAACUUGCCAGAAAAUCUCGAUCACAAACCAAACAUUCAUCGUGAAUCGGAUCUUAGCUUUUUUUUGCGAAGGAGACCAAACUGUAAUGUAGCUAACGCCUCACCUGAUUCGUCGUCCAAUGUUUUCACACCCGAGAACGAAACCAAGCAUUCUGCUAUCGAUUCCGCGGCUGAUAUAUGCUCAGAUGAAGAUAGAAAUCGGAUUGGUGACAACGGUGAUGAUCGGAAGGAGGUGGUAAAUUCCUUGCGUAAUGGAGAGGUUUGCAGUGAGCGUAUUGGAAAUGGCGAAGGUCGAGGUCCACAGGUCGAUGUUCCAUGGAGAUUUACUUAUCGCUCUUCCGCUCCAGCUCACCGGAGAGUAAAGGAGAGUCCUCUUAGUUCGGACGCUAUUUUCAGACAGGUUGGUGCCGUUUCUGGAACUUAUUUUCAGCUCAACUUCCUGGUACUUGUUGCUCUCAACAGCAGGCUAAUCAUUGAGAACUUAAUGAAGUAUGGCUUAUUAAUCAGAGCUGGUUUUUGGUUUAGUUCAAAAUCACUGAGAGAUUGGCCACUUCUUAUGUGUUGUCUUUCACUACCAAUUUUCCCCCUUGGUGCUUUCAUGGUUGAAAAGUUGACACAGCAUGAGUUUAUUCCUGAACCUGUUGUUGUGUCACUUCAUGUAUUAAUAUGUAUUGCUUCAAUCCUCUAUCCAGUUUUUGUGAUUCUCAGGUGCAAUUCUUCUGUUCUGUUUGGCAUUGCAUUAAUGCUCUUCGCAUGCAUUGUGUGGUUAAAAUUAGUAUCCUAUGCACAUACGAAUAAUGAUAUGAGGUCACUUACCAAGUCAACUGAUAAGGGGGCUUCCAAGUCUUCAAAUGUGGAUUACGUAUAUGAUGUUAGCUUCAAGGAUUUGGCAUACUUUAUGGUGGCUCCCACUUUAUGUUACCAGCCAAGAUAUCCUCGUACUGCAUGUAUUCGGAAGGGUUGGGUGAUCCGUCAACUUGUUAAAUUGAUAAUAUUUACAGGAGUGAUGGGUUUUAUUAUAGAACAAUAUAUUAAUCCAAUUGUCCAGAAUUCUGAACACCCUUGGAAAGGCAACCUUUUAUAUGCUAUAGAGAGGGUCUUGAAGCUAUCGGUUCCAACCUUAUAUGUCUGGCUCUGCAUGUUCUAUUGCUUUUUCCACCUUUGGUUAAAUAUACUUGCUGAGCUCCUUUGCUUUGGUGAUCGUGAGUUCUAUAAAGAUUGGUGGAAUGCAAAAACAAUUGAGGAGUAUUGGAGAAUGUGGAACAUGAGUGUUCACAAAUGGAUGGUUCGCCAUAUCUAUUUUCCAUGCCUACGGAACGGGAUCCCCAAGGAAGUUGCCAUUGUGAUUGUAUUCUUUGUCUCUGCCUUAUUCCAUGAGUUAUGUAUUGGGGUCCCCUGCCAAAUAUCCAAGUUUUGGGCUUUCAUAGGAAUUAUGUUUCAGAUUCCUUUGGUUCUCUUCACAAAUUACCUACAAAAUAAAUUCAGAAAUACCAUGGUUGGCAAUAUGAUCUUCUGGUUCUUCUUCAGCAUUCUUGGUCAACCAAUGUGUGUUCUUCUUUAUUACCAUGACGUGAUGAAUCGGAAAGAGAAUGAAGUAAGAAAGUGACCUAUCUGAUAUACAUCUCAUUGUGUGGCUAGAAAAAAACAGCUGAAUUGAGGGUGUGGAUAAUCUCUUAGCACUUCCAUUGUAUGAUGCGGAGCAGUACUGUUUAUAUUCAUUCAUCUUCUGAUUCUGUGCUGUCUCGAUCUUCAUUUCAUAAGAUCAUGCCUCUCAUUUCUGAACGAUUCUUUGAUGGAAGGCAUUGUUAAUUCAUUUAAUGUAAGCCAACUUCAGUGAAGGAUGGUACAUUGGCAACACUGUUAUACAAAGCUGGGAAUUUUAAUUUGUUUGAUCAUUGUUGAAUCACUUGUAAAUAUAUGGCGUAUAUUGUAUAGAUGUUUUGAUUAUUUGUCAUUGUCCAUGUGUGAUAUCACUAUAUUUGGUGUUCUAGAAGAGCAUCCACCAAAAGAUGGAUUACUUG